CCAGUAGCGUUCUACGCAUACAUGUCCUCAGCCAUGACUAACAUCGGUGGACACCACCCGUUGGUCUUUGACGUCGUCAGAACAAACAUUGGGAACGCCUUCCACCAAAGUACCGGAGCCUUCAUUGUUCCUCAAACAGGACUCUAUGUCUUCACAUGGUCUGUGAGGGUAACUAGCGGUAGUUAUCAUUGCGUGGAGCUGGUUGUCAAUGGAAAAGUGGAAGGGGCUGUCUAUCAACACAGUACAAGUAGUGAAGACGACCAAGGCGGUAGCACCAUCGUUAUUCAGGCCAAUGAACAGGAUGAUGUUUUUCUCAGGACCAAACUAGGUUCUAACAACGGCCCUAUCUAUAGCAGCCCUUACGGGUUUCCGUCAUUUGCUGGAUGGAAAUUAAACUGA